AUGCCGCGGUGGACGGUCCAUAAUCUGGAUGAGUAUUGCAUGCCGCUCGGGACGACCGUACACUUAUUGGCUCAGUGGCUCAGCUCUUCUCGUCCCCCCUCCUCCCCAGGUCGCAAAGGAAACACCUCCCUCCUUCUCACGCCUCUCCCAGUUUCCAUUGCUCUUCCUCAGGACCGAUCCGCCAUACGUGAUAUGGGCCGCAUCGCAGCGUUGUUGGCCGCCUGCGCCGUUGCCAUUGGCUAUUUCUUCCACCUCAAUCAGGCACAAAGCAGCGCUGCCGCCGUCGGCAAAUCCACGAUGCGAGCGGUCCAUCAUGCGGAAUACGGAGCCGUGUCGGACGUUUUGCGGAUGUCCGAUAUGCCUGUGCCGACUUAUCGUUCGUGGGAGGUAGUUGUGGAGGUCAAUGAUGCAUCGAUUAACCCAGUCGACUACAAAAUUAUACAGGGUGCGUUUUUCCUUAUUGAUUUCUUGUUGCCACAUCGGCCAGGCUUCGAUUUCUCCGGAAUUGUGCGUGCUGUUGGAAAAGAUUGCGCCCGUAUAAGAGUCGGCGACGUAGUUCAUGGCAUGGCAUGGGUGCAUAAGACUGGUUCUCUGGCAGAGUACUUAGCUGUGGACGAGAGCGUCAUAAACGUUGUGCCGGAGGGAAUGUCGUCGCAAGAGGCGGCUGCAAUGCCGCUUGUUGCCCACACAUCUUUUUCCUCGCUGGUGACAGUCGGAGGGUUGCGUCGAGGGAGCCAUCAGAAGGUGUUGGUUCUCGGAGGCAGCAGCGCAACGGGGAUGAUGGCUCUGCAGAUUUCCAAGGCGUAUGGCGCCGCUUCCGUAGUCACCACAUGUUCGCCUCACAACGAGGCGCUGGUCAAGUCCCUCGGCGCUGAUAAGGCGCUGAACUAUCGCGACCAGGACAUAUUCGAACGGAUGCGAGCAACCGGCACGUCGUUCGACAUCAUAUAUGACACGGUGGGUGCAGGCUUGUCGGUAUGGGAGGGAGCAGCCUCUGGAGUGUUGGCACCUGGUGGCCAAUUCGUCACGAUCACGGGGGACGUGCAGCGGACCCUCGAUCUGCAGGAUUUGUUAACGAGGGGGUAUCAAAUCGUGACCAGGAAGCUCUAUUGUCUGCUGGCCCUCGGGGGAGCUGGCUACCACCAGUACACGCAGCCAGGCGGCAACGCGGCGGAGCUCGCCGUGCUGGACAGGCUGGUGGAGGAGGGGGCACUGAAGGCAGUGGUGGAUAGAUCGUACGAGUUCAGCCUGGAGCAGAUCCAAUCACGAGGGAGAACACAUUCGUUUGCGUACCUGCAGGCAGGCCACGCCAGAGGCAAGGUGGUGGUUCGCGUGCGAGGGUGA